AUGACGGAGGCAGCUGCUCUGUGGGGUUGGGGCUGCCGUGGCAGCAGAGGGCUGCUGCUGCUGCUGCCCGAAGCUCCACCGCUCUUGCAAGUUGCUGCUGCAGCAGAUGCUGCCCAGGAAGCAGCAGCAGCCGGGCAGCAGCAGCAGCAGCAAUCAGCAGCAGCACGAGUGCAGCACCAGGAUAGAGCAGCUGCAGCGCAGCACUAUCAAGCUGGCAGCAGCGGCUGGAGGGCAGCAGCACCAGCGCAGCAGCAGCGGGAGCAGCGAACCAGCAGCAACACUGCUGCAGCAGCGGGGAAAUGCAAGCAGGCUAGAGCAGUCGUGGGCCAGCUGGAACGCAGCAGCAGCAGCAGCAACAGCGAUGCCGCACCCGCAGCAGCAGCGCGAAGCCCGCUGCAGCAGGGCAGCAGCAGCAGCAACAACAGCAACAGCAGCAGCAGCAGCAGUUAA